AUGAAGAUGCUGCUGCUCGGUCUGCUGCUGGCUGCUCCGGCCGGAGCCGACCUGUCCGGUCAGCCGCUCCGCCGGGGGCCGGCCCACACCUCUCCCUCCGCCCGCGCGCGGCUCCUCCUCCUGCAGCCCGCACUGGAGCGCGGGGCUCCCGGCGUCGCCUCGGCCCGGUCCGCGGAACCGGCCGGCGGCGGCGGGUCGGAGGAGCCGGCGGCGGCGGAGCAUCCUCACCACGGCGGCGGGUACCGUGUCCAGUGGGAGUGGAGCUACGUCCAGACGCCCUACAUCAUCGCCAUCUGGCUGCUGGUGGCCAGCGUGGCCAAGAUCCUGUUCCACCUGUCGCAGCGCUUCACCACCGUGGUACCAGAGAGCUGCAUGCUGAUCCUGUUGGGUCUGGUUCUGGGCGGCGUGGUUCUCAUCGCCAGUAAGAAGCCGCUGUACCAGCUGGACCCCGCCCUCUUCUUCCUCUUCCUGCUGCCCACCAUCGUGGGCGACGCUGGAUACUUCAUGCCCGCGCGACUCUUCUUCGACAACCUGGGCGCCAUCUUGACCUACGCCGUGGUGGGGACGCUGUGGAACGCCUUCUGCACCGGAUUCUGCCUCUAUGCCGCCAAGCUGCUGGGGGUUAUAGACGAGCGCGUUCAGGCUGACCUGAUGGAUUUCCUGCUGUUCGGCGCUCUGAUCUCCGCCGUCGACCCGGUGGCAGUUCUAGCCGUGUUCGAGGAGGUCCAUGUCAACGAGAUGCUCUUCAUCAUCGUGUUCGGAGAGUCGCUGCUGAAUGACGCCGUCACCGUGGUCCUCUAUAAGGUCUACAUCUCCUUCGUGGAGGUCGGCCCGCAGAACGUCCAGACGGCCGACUACUUCAAGGGAGUGGCCUCCUUCCUCAUUGUCAGCGUCGGGGCUCUGGUGGGUCUGGUCUUUGCCGUCAUCCUCGGCUUCAUCACCCGCUUCACCAAGAAGGUCCGCAUCAUUGAGCCGCUCUUCGUCUUCCUGCUGGUGUACCUGGCCUACCUGACCGCCGAGCUCUUCUCGCUGUCUGCCAUCUUGUCGAUGACCUUUUGUGGCAUUGGGGCCAAUAAGUACGUAGAGGCGAACAUCUCGCAGAAGUCCCGGACCACAGUGAAGUACACGAUGAAGACGCUGGCCAGCAUCGCCGAGACCAUCAUCUUCAUCUUCCUGGGCAUCUCUGCGGUGGACAAGUCCAAGUGGGCCUGGGACACGGGCCUGGUGUCCUGCACCUUGGUCUUCAUCCUGCUCUUCAGGGCUGUGGGUGUGGUCGGCCAGACCUGGGUUCUGAACCGGUUCCGGCUCGUCCCGCUGGAUAAGAUCGACCAGGUGGUGAUGUCAUACGGCGGCCUGCGGGGGGCGGUGGCGUUCGCGCUGGUGGUGCUGCUGGACACAGAGCAGGUCAAAGCCAAGGAUUACUUUGUUGCCACGACGAUCGUGGUUGUCUUCUUCACCGUCAUGUUCCAGGGUCUGACCAUCAAGCCUCUGGUCAAGUGGCUGAAGGUUCCUCGCUCCACCAACAGGAAGCCCACCAUCAACGAGGAGAUCCACGAGCGGGCCUUUGACCACAUCCUGACUGCGGUGGAGGACAUCGCAGGCCUGCAGGGUUAUCACCACUGGAGAGACAAGUGGGAGCAGUUCGAUAAGAACUACCUGAGCAAGCUGCUGCUCAGGAAGUCGGUGUACAGGAAGAGCGAGCUCUGGGAGGCGUACCAGAAGAUCAACAUCCGGGACGCCAUCAGCGUCAUCGACCAGGGUGGGAACGUCUUGACCUCGGCCAGGCUGUCACUGCCCUCCAUGGCCAGCAGAGCCUCAUUUCCUGAAGUCACCAACGUCACCAACUACCUGCGGGAGAACGGCAGCGGCGUGUGUCUGGACCUUCAGGUCAUCGACAAUGUUCCCGGGUCCAAGGUGGAGGAAGACAUGGAGACGCAUCACGUCCUGGCCGGGAACCUGUACAAGCCCAGGAGACGGUACCAGUCCCACUACAGUCGACACUUCAUGCCGCUGGGUGAGCAGGAGCGGCAGGACCGCGAGGUUUUCCAGAGGAACAUGAAGAGCCGCAUGGAGACCUUCAAGUCCACCAGACACAAGCGGCACAAGAAGGAGCGCAGCCUGAAAAAGCGCCGAGGAUCUGACACGAAGGACGAGGGAGGAGACAAACCCAGACGCAACGUCAGCUGGCAGGACAAAGAUCCGGUGGCCGUUCCUGUGGAACCCGAGGAGGAUAAAGCUGAUCGCUCCGAUCCGGAGAAGGAGGAAGACAUCGGGAUCACCUUCGUUGCUCGGAAGGCGGAGACGCCGAAACAGCGACCCAAAUCAGUCCCAGCAGCUCUGGAUGUUUGCCAGAGCCCGCCGCCCCUCCCCCCGUCGCCGCCCGGUGAGGACAGCCAUCUGCCCUGGAAGGGCGGCGUGGGGUCGCCCCCGCCCUGCGUGUCGGUGGAGGCCACCAAGAUCAUCCCGGUGGACCUGCAGCAGGCCUGGAACCAGAGCAUCUCCUCCCUGGAGAGCGUCUCGUCGCCUCCGGCGCCCGCUGAGCCUGUCCACCCCCGCGUCAGCGCCCUCUCCAGGCUGGGAGGAUCCCGCCCUGCCUCCUACACUGGCCCUGUCGGGGGCGCGCCUGCCCAGGUCCCGCCCCCAGCCGCCUUCUGUUUCUCUGAGAGGAAAAAGAAGAAGCCGGUGGAGGAAGAGGAGGAAGAGGAGGAGCCUGGCACGACGCAAGAGAUGCAGCCGCUAAUGUCGGCCUUGAAGCCGCCGCAAGCUGCACCCUCGCCGCCAGCCCCGCCCGGCCCAGGCAGGAGGAGGAACCCCUGUGUGUACCUGAGGAGUCUGGUGACCCCGCCCCCUGGUGGCGGCGGGCCUCAUAGUCACCGCCCCACGCAGCUCUGAACAGGGCCACCAGGUGGCGGGUUGUCUGCCGGCUCGGCCAAUAGGAAACCAGCACAAUCACAUGACCAGAGAGCUCCACCAGCUGAAGAUAACCUUCUGUCCUAAUCUUCAUCACCAUCUGCGUCCUUUGUCCUUUCACCAAACUAUCCAGCCAAGCUCCUGCUGGAUUGGAAGCUUGGAAGGAUCGUUGCUCCAUCACAGCAGAUCAAUAUGAUUCAAUAACUGCUGAUGUUAUUGAAUCAAUUACACUGAAAAUGUCUGUGAUGUCUCUGUGAUUCAGUGAGUUUAAAUGAAAAUCCAUCCUUUGCUUCAUAACGCUUUUGAAUUAUUGUUGUUUCUUCAUACAGCAGGGGGCGCUGCAGCCCCCCUUUCCCUGCCUUUCUGUCUCAGCUGCUCAUUUAAAACCCAAACAUGUAUUUUAUACAGGCCUUGUUUUUAUUAAUGCCGCUGCCUUAUUCUGUGCUUUAUUCCUGCAGCUGCUGCUGCGGUCCUGUUUGGUCCGGUCCAAACAGGACCAGCGGUUCCGCCAGAUAAUCGGUGAUCUGAUCCUGCAGCAGCUCGGCCCAGUCAGCAGGAAAAUGGUUUUUAUUCAUAAUAAAGGUCGUUGACAUGUUUCUGCUUUAACAUGCUGCUAAACAUCGGAAAUGCCUGAAAUUAACACUGAAUUAUUCCUCUGAAAUUAAGAGACAAAUAAAGAGAAAUUCGAUUGAGAUGAAAAUAUUUUUGUUCAUAUUUUAUUAUAAAUAAUUUUUCCGAUUUGCCUUGAUGAAUCCUGAUAAUGUGGAAUUAUCGUUGAGUCUUUUUUUUAUUGAAAGUGAGUAAAGGUUUUAUUUAAGUUAUGAGAUCCGUGUUUCAGGGAAGAGAAGCACCAAACUGGAUCGGAACCAGCAGCUUUCUGACCAACGGAACCAGAACCAGCAGCGCACCACAUUUGCGCCUGGAUCCCAAAUCUGAUGUUGUUCUCCAUAUUAUUGCUGUUUGUGUUGAAGGAAAACAGAGGAGUUUAGGACAGAUCUUCCUGUUCUGGUUAAAGGAGCAGCUAGUUUGCUUUUACUUGUGCAACUGCUUCAUGUAUGAAAUUAACUCCCUGAACAAACCUCUGAAAAUAAAACUAACAAUGAAAUAAAACCAACUGAAUAAUGAUGGUGUAAAGGUCAAAUAUCUGAUGUAAA